AAAAUUGCAUAUUCGAUUUUUAUUUAUUUUUUUUUUAUUUAAUUUAUGUGAAAAAUAAUUUAACGGAAAGGCAUUAAGUUAUAUUUGCAAUUGCCAGUAAAAACGGUAUCAACUAUCGAUAUCAACUAUUGUGCGACGCAAUAUAAAGUAGUCGACUGUGUGCUGCACUCAUAGUCGUCAACUUAAUUGCAGUAAAAUAUAAGAAGGCGCGCUAUAUCAUGGCAGUUAAACAGAAUCCUGAAGCAACUGAAUCAUCAGCUGCCAACGGUGGUGCAACCACAUCUACCACAUCAAAUGUGAUACAAGGUGAACAGAAUAGAGGCAAUAGUGAUGCGAAUAUGGAGCACGGAGACAUGCAGAAACCGCCAUUGGAUAAUAGUUCGAAUGAUGUGUGCGACGGAAGUUCUCCAGAACUGACAAAACUCCUUAGUAUUAUAGAAUGUAUUGAAUUGCGAAGGCAAAAUGGCAGAGUUGGAUUUGAUAUGAUGCUCUUUUAUCAAGCUAUUAUCAAUGAACUAGCUCGUAUAAAUGUUACACGUAGUGUUGACUUGAAACGUUUUAAAGAGGAUAUUUUAAAGAUAGGCGAAUUCUUUGCUAAUGCAAAGGAAAAGUUAGCUUAUAGAUUCUUCCUUAAAAUUGUCUGCCAAAUUAUGACAAACGAAACGAAUGGCCCACCACCAUCUUGCGCCGUAGCUGUAAUACUUCAACUCUUCAAGGAUGAAAAUGUAUAUGACACAGUUAAUGAAUUGCUUGACCAGUGUAUAUCCACUGAUCAAAUACGCAGAGCUGUAACUUGUUUGAGUAAUUGGAUGAGAGUCUGCAAUUUUUGUGAGAACUUAAACCUAUGGAUUAUAGCAAUUAUGAAUGGACUUUACGAGCAAGGCAAGCACUCUUUGUUUGUGCUGGUUGCAUUGGAUACUAUUGAAAUGCAUUUUCAUUCAUUAAUUUUGCCUAUGUUACGCCCCAAAGUUAUGAAAAUCCUGUUCCUUUUACUAGAGCCUCUUUAUUGUACAGUUGAUGUAUUUCAUAAGAUUGUGCCAAAGUUUUCCAUAGUUGCUAAUAAUCUUAAAAAACAAGUUAAGGACUUUCCAGACGUCUUAGAUCUUCUUCAACGUUUAACAAUCGCUGUCAGUAUACUGAUGUCACGUUUCAGUGGUUUCGAUGAGCUUUACGCACCAAUGAGAGUAACUGUAAAGGAUUUAGUAACAACUUUUGGGUUUAAGGUUGAUGAGGUGAAAACUGCAAAGAUACGAAAAGACUUUCUGAAAUAUGUUCCCGCAAGAAAUAAUGCUAAAGUCGGUUUAGUCAAUUUAGGAAACACAUGUUAUGUAAACAGUAUUUUUCAAGCACUAGUACUCACUAAAGAUUUUUGCCGUGAAAUUUUGCUCAGUAACAGCCAAUCUCCAAUAAUAAUAAAAAUGCAGCAAUUCUUAGUACUAAUGCUAUAUUCAACACGUAACGAAAUAAAUCCAGUGCAUUUACUAAAUGCGGUACGACCACCAGGUUUCACUCCAGGCGUUCAGCAGGAUAGUUCAGAAUUUUUGAGCUAUUUACUAGAAACUGUUCAUCAACAGGAAAUGGCUUAUGAACAACUUAAAACUCAUCAACUAAUGCGUCGUAUUGAAGAUGAACCUUUAUCUAGUUAUGGAGCACAUGGAGAUUCUCCAAGUAACAGUGCACAACUGUUUAUGUCAAUUGUUGACAAAACAUUUACGGGAAAGAUAGCUACAACAUAUACAUGCUUAACUUGCAGAGGCAAAAACUCGUCGGUUGAUACAUUUAGGGACUUGCAGCUAUCUUUCCCUGACAUGAAUAGUGAUAGCAAUGUCAACUACUUUGUACAGGAUUUGCUUGAUUUCUUUUGCAACACCGAGAAACUUUACGGAGAUAAUCAGUAUUUCUGCAGUCUUUGCAAGAAGCAUUCAGACGGAGAACGUUCCAUUAAGUUCAUUAGUGCUCCCAAAAACUUAAUAUUAACAAUCAAACACUUCAAAUACGAUCAAAACUAUCACAUGCGCACCAAGUUACAAAACAAAGUUUCCCCCGAUGAGAAAAUUUCUAUCAAAAUGUUCCGGGGAGAUAAGCGUAACGAAGUCGUCUCCAUACAUUACGAUCUCUAUACAAGUAUUGUACACUCUGGUGUUAGUGUUGAUUCUGGUCAUUAUUAUGCCUAUGGAUCAGAUUUUGUUAAUAAUUGGUAUAAGUUCAAUGACAGCAUUGUGACAAAAAGUAACUUAAAAGAUUUGCAUGAACUUUCACCACCAAAUACACCCUAUAUACUAUUUUAUAAAAUGAGUGCAACCUCCGUGAAGAGUAUCAAUUCUGACGAGUUAACAAAGCUUACCAAAGUUGAUGUACCUGCUCCACCGAAAAUGAAUGAACUGCCACGCCAUUUACGUGAUUUCGUAAAUCAGGAUAACUAUUUGUACUUGGAUGAAUUUGACAACGAUCCAUUCAAAGCAACGGCUUUCAAUAAUUAUAAAAUUCACACCGACAGAGAAGAGGAGGAGGAGGAAGAUACGGAAGAGGAUGAAAAAAAAACUGAAAUUUUUUCCAACUCAGCUGCAGAUAAUUUAAAGAAAUUUUUAAACGAUAAUCAUGAAGAUGAUGAUGAUGAUGAGCAGCCACCUACUAGUUGUGGUACAAAUGCCUUAAAAAACAACAUGAAUCUUUUCAUAUUCUAAGCUACAGUUAUUUUCACAUACUAACCAACAACAAUGAAUUCGUGAAAUAUAAAGUAAAAACAAUUACAAAAUUUUUUUAAAUAUUUAAUAUAUAUAUAUAUGUAUAUAAAUAUAUAUAUUUAAAUAGUGUUCUGAACAGCAAAUUGUAAAUGUGUCCAUAUGUAACGUUUUUAUAUAGUGAGUACGCGUGAUGUGCUUGGGUGUGUUUGGCAACAUCAAAUAUAGUUCUAGUUCCAUUGGCAACUUAGCUUAUGCGAUGAGAUGCCGAUCAAUUAAAUACUUAACAUAAAGUUCAAAUUUAUUAAUUUCAUACAUAAAUUAUUAUAUUUUUAAUAUAAAAGUUAAAUAAUUUCAUUGUUAAUUUAUAUGUUUAUAAAUUUUUAAAUAUCGAAGUAACGC